UCCCCCCUUCUCAAUUCACUCAUUUCUCAAAAAACCCAGAAUCCAACUUACAAUUUCUUCACGUCUGCUCUGGAAAGUCUUAAUCUUUCUUGAAAAAUUCUGAAUCUUUUUGCUGGGAAAUUUUCAGGGAGGGGAUUUUGAGCCAUGAGUUGGUUAAGCACGUACGGUUGGGCGGUUGUGUUACUGGUAAUAGGAUGGAGCUCCGGGAUUUGUUAUGGGUCCGGGACAUUUGGGUUCGAUAUGCACGACAGGUUUUCGGAUCAGGUAAAGGGAAUUCUGGGCACUGAUAAUUUGCCGCCGAAGGGGAGUGUGGAGUACUAUAAUGCUUGGGCCAACCGCGACCGGAUGUUGCACGGCCGUCGGUUAGCGGCGGCCAAUGAUCAGACGCCGCUUACUUUUCUGGCCGGAAACGACACGUAUCGACUCGAUUCUCUGGGACACUUGCAUUAUGCUAAUAUAACGGUAGGGACACCAGCUUUGUCAUAUUUGGUGGCACUAGACACUGGUAGUAACCUGUUCUGGCUGCCAUGUGAUUGUUCGAGUUGUGUGCGCGGGUUGGUUUUGUCGGGCGGUGAAGAAAUAGAAUUUAACAUCUACAGCCCAAAUACUUCAACAACAAGCUCGAAGGUUCCAUGUGGCAGUGACUUUUGUAAACAACCAAAGUCAGGGUGCCCUUCUGCUCACAGUUUUUGUGGUUAUCAAGUUCAAUAUCUCUCCAAUGGCACUUCAUCCACUGGAAUCUUUGUCGAGGAUGUAUUGCACUUAAUCACAGAUGAUGACCAGGAAAAAGAUGUCAAAGCUAAUAUUACAUUUGGUUGUGGACAAGUGCAGACUGGUGCAUUCUUAAGUGGUGCUGCUCCAAAUGGUCUGUUUGGGCUUGGCAUGGAUAAUAUAUCUGUUCCAAGCAUAUUAGCAAAAGAAAACCUUGCUUCAAAUUCUUUUUCAAUGUGUUUUGGACUUGAUGGGAUUGGGAGAAUCAGUUUCGGGGAUAAAGGAAGCUCUGACCAAGGAGAAACACCGUUUAAUGUUGAGCAACUACAUCCAGAUUACAAUGUCAGUGUCACUCAAGUAAAAGUAGGAGGAAAUGUUCAAAAUGUUGAAUUUAGUGCAAUUUUUGACUCCGGUACCUCCUUUACAUACUUGAAUGAUCCAGCUUAUACACUUAUCUCUGAGAAUUUCAAUAAGCUGGCUUUAGACAAACGCCAUGCAUCUAAUUCCGAUCUCCCCUUUAACUAUUGUUACGACUUAAGCGCAAAUCAAACCAACUUUACAUAUCCUGUAGUGAAUCUGACACUGACAAUGAAAGGUGGAGACUCAUUUUUUGUUAAUGAGCCAAUAGUAGUGAUCUCCAUGAAGGAUGGAACUGCAUAUUGUUUGGCAAUUGUCAAGAGCAAUGAUGUGAAUAUUAUUGGACAAAACUUUAUGACUGGUUAUCGUAUAGUGUUUGACCGUGAGAAUAUGAUAUUGGGAUGGAAGCCAUCUGACUGUUAUGAUAUUAAAGACUCCAACACUGUACCUGUCAAACCACCAACUGCAGUCCCCCCGUUUGGUCCUGUCAAUCCAGAAGCAACGGUUGGGAAUAGCAACACUCCUCAAACUUCAGGGGCACCACCUCCUCUAGUGAACCAUUUACCCCAAACACACGCUUAUGCGCUCAUGGUUCUUCUUGUUUCAAUGCUUGCCUUAAUUUAACCAUUCUUUUUCAUUUUCCCUAUAUCUUUUUCUUCUCGUCGAUCCUGUAGGCCUGUACCAUAGCUACCGCGAGGCAUUGUUUCAGGUAUACAGGAAGCAGUUUGAGCUUCCUUUCAUAUUUUUUAUGGUUUAGUGGCAUCAUUUUUACGCAGGUUGUAAAUAUAUUUGAUUAUAAACAAAGAUUGAUAUAGCAUUCUUAUACAUGGAAU